GAGACAGCACUGCCAUUCAGAGGAGAGACUGCGUGGAUGUGCACUUGUAUAGCCUACAUGUAUAGGAAGUACCAUUUAGCAGACACUGUUAUCCAGAGAGAGUUAGAGGAGCAAUUAGGUUUAAGUGCCUUGCUCAAGAGCACAUUUACAGAUUUUUUUACCUUGUCGGCUCGGGGAUUCAACACAGCGAACUUUCGGUUACUGGCCCAACGCUCUUAACCACUAUGCUACCUGCGGCAUGUAUUAGUAUGUGCAGCAUGAUUGGUGUGUAUGUGGCCUGUGUGUGGGUGUAGUAGGUCUGUGUAUGUUUAUAGGAGGUCUGUGUGUAUAAGAAGAUAGUGUGUGUGGAGAAGGUGGUGUGUAGGCAGUAAGUGUGUGUGUGUGUGUGUGUGUGUGCGCAUUGACUGUCAGUCAAUCAGUUGGUGAACUUUAACCACACGCUGCCCUCCCUGUGGUUGUCAUGGAAGGCGGUGGCGAGUUGGUGAUUCGGUUACCGGGACGAUCCCAUUCCCCGGACAACAACGGCAACAGUAACUUUGGGUUAGGCGAGUUUGGCCAGACAAUGGUGUUAAGGCACAAAGAGGUUCACCACUUCUUCUUGGCCCCCUUCAGGGAGCAGCCGAUCUACAGCACGCGGGCCCAUGCGUUCCAGAUUGACCCCAACACCAAGAAGAACUGGGUGCCCACCAGUAAACACGCUGUCACUGUGUCCUACUUCUAUGACAGCACCCGCAACGUUUACCGCAUCAUCAGCCUCGACGGCACCAAGGCGAUAAUCAACAGCACCAUCAGCCCCAACAUGACCUUCACAAAGACGUCUCAGAAGUUUGGCCAGUGGGCCGACAGCAGAGCUAAUACUGUUUAUGGCUUGGGCUUCUCUACUGAACACCACCUGACCAAGUUUGCAGAGAAGUUUUCAGAGUAUAAGGAGGCAGCACGUCAGGCCAAGGGAAAAAGUCAAGAUGGAAAGAUGGAACUAGCCACCUCUCCCUCUCAGGAGUCGCCAGCAGGUGAACUCUCUUCACCUCUGACUCCUGUGACUCCUCCCGCCAUGGACAACAUCAACGGGACAGAUGACCCCUGUGACAUCACACCCGAGCCCCGUCCUGAACCGUCUCAGAAUGCACUGGCUUUCACACACAGCCCCUCCAUCAAUAAGCACUGGGAGGCAGAGCUAUCAGCUCUAAAAGGGAACAAUGCUAAGCUAACAGCCACUCUGCUGGAGUCCACGGCUAACGUAAAACAGUGGAAACAACAACUGGCUGCCUACCAGGAGGAGGCCGAGAGACUCCACAAACGGGUGACUGAGCUAGAGUGCCAGAACACCCAGACCCCUGUGAUCAAAUCCCAGAAGACGGAGCUAAACCAGACCAUUGAGGAACUGGAAAGCACUCUGAAGGAUAAAGAAGAGGAAAUGGAGCGGUUGAAAGAGGAAGUGGAGAACGCUAACGAGCUGCUAGAGCAGAGACACUCCUUGACACAGAAACUACAGGAGACGGAGUUGCAUGGGCGAGUGUUAGAGGAGCAGCUCCUGGGAGCUGAGCAGCGAUUGGAAGAAAGUCAGGAAGAGCAGGAGAACUUCAGGAAGAGCCUAAGGACCCUACUGGAGAUGCUGGAUGGGAAGAUAUUUGAGCUGACAGAGCUCAGGGACAGCUUGGCCAAGCUCAUAGAGGGCAGCUAGUUAAUCACACACCACCUACCACUGGCCAACACACUGAAUUACACAUAGACACACUGACCCCUACUGGCAGAGUCAGAGAACUAACCACACAGAUACACCACAUGAUUGACAUGGCUCCUAUAGAGCUCACUGGCUCACAGCGCCCCUUAAUGUUAGACAUACAGAACAGCACUCUCACCUUCUGCCAGACCCAUAGAACAAUAAUAUACACUGCUGCCAGACCCACACAACAACAUAACCCAGUGCUGAUGACAUAGAACAGCACCCCUUAUUGGCUCCUAGGUGUAUUGUAACUGCACCCUCUCCUUCCAAAAUAACCUCCUGCAGCUGCUGCCACACUGCCCUCAGCUGUUGAACACACAGAACAGGUGCCCCAUGCGGACUCUCUGAACAUAUGUCUGAGCAACGACAUCCUUUGCAGACUGACAGAACAGCAACCCUUUCUGGUAGACUCACAGGAAUACGGCUUUACAGUUAAUUCACAUACAGUAUUCAGUAUCUGGCCCAUGCAGAAAUAAAACCCACAAAUCUAAUGUUGCCAGCACCAUAUUACAACACGCUGAGCUAUUGAAAAUCACAGAACUACAGGAGAGCCCUAAAUCAACCACUGAAACCCACAGAGCAGAAGCAGGAGUCAUGUCCAACACACAAACACACACCUUGGCCUAGGAUUUACAAAGGCUGCUGUAAAUUGGAGUACUGUUUACAUUGAUGUUCAAGUCUUCAUGAGUAUGACUGAACCUUCGCAAUAUGAAAAUAGUAUAGUAUACUAUGACAAGAGAAUCUUCCAGAAGCAUUGGUCAUGCUUUAUUUAGAACUCCAGGUUGCAUAGCGCUUAAGAGCAUUAGGCUAGUAACCGAAAGGUUAUUGGUUAGAAUCCCUGAGCCGGCAAGGUGGAAAUAUCUGCUGUUCUGUCCUUGAGCAAGGCAGUUAAGCCCCAACAACAACUGCUCCCUGGGCGCAGAUGAAGCCAAUUAAGGCAGCCCCAGCACCUCUCUGUUUUAGAGGUUGGGAAACUGACUCUUGACUGGGAAAUUUCUUUAUGGUUUAUUCCUCACUUCUUAUUCCACCAGCCCAACUGGUUGAUUUCUCACUUCUUAUUCCACCAGCCCAACCCCAGAGACCUGGGGAAUGUUCCCUCUAAACUGCACGCACUUCCUCCAGGACUGCAGCACAGAAGAAAUGCCAUGCUGUGCUCAGAGAUGCAAGAGAUGGAAAUUCACUGAGUUUGCCCUAUAUAGAUCAACGUCUUUCCUGUGAUUCAAUCAACAUUAUAUCACACCCUUUUCAAUGCAACAAAACAAAUCAAACUCUGCAAGAUUAAGUCUGUGAUUGUGUUGUAGGCAAGGCCAGUGCACAACAGAGUAUAAUUAUAUUGUCUGGGGUAGCCCACAAGCAUCUUUCAAUCACCAAGUGAAUGCGCUUUUCAGAUUAUUUCAGAUCAGAGUGCAGAGCUGUGCAAGUGCACAUUUGUUGAUAUUCUUUGAUAGUUAGUUAGUUAUUAGACCAGUUACAGAUAAGUAUAGGUCAGCAAUGGGGAGUUACUGCUUCCAACAAGAGCACAAACCUUGUAGGCUACAUUUCAAGCACUUGUUGAAAGGCAAGUCAGAUAAGAAGCUUUUGUCUUAAUUAAAGGGGCAAUGUAUUUUGAGUCAGGCUUGAAUAUGCAAAUAAGCCAAUAGACAGAGGGGUAGCCUAUAUUGUCUAAUUCUCUGUAUGGUAAUAGUAAUUCUAUUUUGUGAAAUGGUUUCUUCCAUCAUACAACACAAUGCAAUCACCUUUUUGGCCCAUGGUGUUACAGACCAAGUAAAAAAUUAUUGAUUAAUGUCAAUGUAAAAACGUUUUUAAAAGCCUCAUGAAGUGUAGGCCUGCAUUGAACAACACAUAUAGGCUACUGUAGCGCAUAGAAAACAAAAGCUAUUUCCAUGUGAAAAUGUUAUGGGAUUUGCUCCAUUGGUUGUGUUGGUAGGCCUACCAUUAAGUUCAAAUAG